AUGGGUUUUUCGACAAAGUGGUGUACGUGGAUCAAAGGUAUUCUGUCGUCGGCUAGAGCGUCGGUUUUGGUUAAUGGAGCUCCCACCUUCGAGUUUAAGUGCAACAAAGGAAUGAGACAAGGGGACCUGAUUUCUCCAUUCUUGUUUGUUAUUGUUAUGGAAGCUCUUUCGUGUAUGAUUGUUAGGGCCAGGGAGUUGGGUUUAGUUAAAGGUAUUGAUUUACCUUUCGAUGGGCCUUCGAUUUCUCACUUGUUUUUCGCUGAUGAUGCUAUUAUUCUUGGGGAGUGGGAUAGGGAUAUUGUUCUCAACAUGGUUAGAAUCUUGAAGUGUUUUCAUGCGUGCUCGGGGCUCUUUAUUAAUUUUGGUAAAUCAAAUAUCUUCGGGCUUGGGGUGAAUUUGAACGAUAUUGACGAGAUGGCAAGGUUAAUCGGGUGUAGAGCGGAAGUGUUCCCUUUUAAGUACUUAGGAUUGAUGGUUGGGGCGAAUAUGAAUCGGAUAGCUAGUUGGAGGCCGGUGUAUGAUAUCUUCGAGAAGCGGUUGUCGUUAUGGAAAGCGUCAGUUCUUAAUAUAGGUGGACGAGUCAUGUUGAUUCGAUCCGUUCUCGAGAGCCUCCCAUCGUACUUCUUUUCGCUUUACCGUGCUCCGGCCAAAGUUGUGGAGGAUUUAGAAGGCAUUACCAGAAAGUUUCUUUGGGGAGGUUCGUCUUCUGUCAAAAAACUUCAUUGGGUUCCUUGGGAUAGGGUGGCGUCCCCGAAAAAAAUGGGAGGGAUUGGUAUUCGUAAUCUUAAAGAGGUUAACAUUGCCUUGCUUUCUAAGUGGGGUUGGAGAUUUAUGACAGAUAAGGAUAAUCUUUGGGUUAAAGUGAUAAGUGCCAUUCAUUCGGGUGGUUCCAAUUGGGACUUCUUCCCGAGUCGGAAGUCGUUUGGGGGAGUGUGGUGUAGUAUUGUAUCGGUGUUAAAAAGGCCGGUGGUGGGUAAUAUUCAGGUUCGGAAUUUGUUUAGAGGGGUGCUUGGAUCGGGAGAGAAUAUUUUAUUUUGGCUUGACCCGUGGUUAUUCGAUGUUCCGCUUAAGAAUAAAUUCCCGUCCUUAUUUCACUUAGAGGUGGUGAAAAACUGUAGUGUUCGGGAUAGACUUGACGGUGAAGGAUUGUGGCUUUGGAGACACGAUUUGGAUUCGGCAGAUGAAUGUAAGGAAUGGGAGGAUUUGUCCUCGGCGUUGGGUUCUGUUUCUUGUUCUAAUCGUGGGGAUACGUGGGUCUGGGCGGGAAGCAGGGCAGAUUCUUUCUCCGUUUCUGUUGUCAAAAAUCUUAUAGAUAACACAAAGGAUUUUAGUAGUCGGUAUGUCUUUGACUGGUGUAGUUGGGUUCCUUUGAAGUGCAAUAUUUUUGUUUGGCAAGCGGAGAUGGAUCGGACCCUACUAUAG